AUGCAUCAAUUCUUAACGUGGCUUCCUUUAGCUUCCAGAUAUGCUAUAUAUGCCGCUCUUCUUCUGCUACUCAUUCCUAAUGUCAUAAUUCACUUCUGCAUAUGCCACAUAAGUCAAAAUAGCGCGUUACCUAGCCGUUUAACACUCGUUCCGUGGAUAAACGGGGUGCGUUUCUUGUACGUGACAUCAGAGCGCUACACCCUUUGGGUGCGGAGGAUCAAAUUGAAAUUCAAAAGAGCGCUAGAGAUUGAACUUGAAGGGCUAUCUAUUACUCUCAAAGGGAGCCAGCACCUCACCAAGAGUAAUCCGCAUGCGGCUGACCUUAAAAAGCCUCUGCCACAGAUUUUCAUCAAGCCCUUGUGGUUGACUCUUCUCAAAUUCGUCCGCCCAAGAAAACUGAUAUUGAAGGACCUUGUGCUACAUGUGCCUGCCUCCAAAAGGACUUUCAAAAUUGAAACGCUAUUGAUUGAAUGCAAACCACUUCCGGGAAAGUCGCCUAGCGUAAGCGUCAGUCUGGUAGCGAUAUGCCUCUCCGACAGUUUGGGCCAGUUUUCGGCUCAUACCAUAGACUACGCAUCUUCUUAUUCAUUCACGCGCCAGAAUACAUCCAGAGGGUUCUGUUUCGAGUUGAAAAAUCAUGUGCAGGCACUAACGAUCAGAGGGUUACAAGCUCGGCUUGACAAAAGUUCUCAAACAAAUUAUGAAAAGAGAGCGCAGCACACCGAAGAACCCCACAGUAGCCUUGACUUGAAGCGCUUCAGCGAAGUUCUCAUAGCUCUCAGCGAUCUCGAAAUCAGGCUAGAGAAUCUUGCUCUACUGUUAGAAGACUCUCUUCAAUUUCGGUCGUCGGGCAUUUUAUUCACUACGAAAGCUAUUGACCCUUCACAUCAUAGCAUGUUAGAUUUGUUUCCGGCUGAAAGAAAACUACCACUUAAUCACGAAAUAACGCUUUCGAUUAAUUCUUUGACAGGAUUGGUGAACGGGCAAGAGGUUUUGAGAAUCCCUUCCAUAAACUGCACAUCGGCAUCCGAUCUGACUUCUUUUCUACUUCUGCGCAAACCGCCCCAACUGAAGAUUGGUUUGACUUUGACAAUAGUGGAUACUGCCAUCACAGCAACUAAAGAACAGUUGGGAAAACUAUGGGUAAUCUACACUACUGCAAAAUCUAGCUCACCAAAAAGUGGCACCAGCCGUUGGAGAUACUGGUUUAGCCAAAUCAAGUGCCCGCACUUUAUUGUCAAGAUCAUAAUGUCCAAUUUCUCAUUUACUUUGAGGCUAUCUCAGUCAAAGCACUUCGUAGUUCGUGUGAGCAAUUUACAUGCAUUUGGUCACAAUAGUAUGAAACCAAACACCAUUGUUGCCUACGAGAGGUUGAAUGUGAAAGGCAUGAAAAAUACUCGGGAUUACGUUGACAAUUUCCUUAAAAUCGAUCGCUUUAGUCUAAGUUACUUCCGCGCAGAUGAGGCUACGAACAUAAAGGUCCAUGAUAUUCCUGUUGUCGUCUUCAGUAAAUGGGAGUUUUUCAGUAAGAAGAUAAUCACGGAGGAAAGUAACUUGACGAGUACUUUGAGAGAUUUAAAAAUCUCGUUAGAGCACUCAGAAGUUUUAGCUGGCGCAAGCAACUUUUUAGAUGAAUGGACAUACACGCUCAGUGCAUUCAAUCAGAAAAAGGAUCCCACAGAUGCUAAAGGCCUCAAAUAUUCUUUAAGACUGAGGUUAAAAAAUACAUCUUUGUCUGUGCUUGUCGCAAACCAUUUAAAGAAGGAAUUAGAUGUGCUUGGAGACGAUAAAUUCAAUUUGGCAGACUACACUCGCGGUGCUAGUGUCUGCCUGGAGGAAGCAUUUCUGGAUGCGAUGCCUGACGAGUGUAAAUUGCACAUUGUCCACGCUUUCGUAUAUCGAGUGAUGGGGCACCCUGAUGUCUAUGCUCGCUCUGAUGAGAUUGCUAACCUCAAAGAUUUUGUUAUAAGUUCAAAUUCUUUAACAAAUCACUGUUUCGCACCAGCUUUGAAUAUCAAGGUUGAUGUCAAUGCAAUUUGGCUGUACUACUACCUCAAAGAUAUUGCGACAAAUUACUUGAGACCAAAAAAACUGAGAGCAUCCUCAGAUAAAGUUCCAUUUAAUGAUUUGUGCAAGGAGUGGCACGUUGAAGUUGCCUCUCUUUUGAUUGAAAUAGGCCUGCCACAUUCGACGAAACUCCUUUUCGACUUUGAAAAUGCACAUUUCUCUGGUGAAUCCUUAGCCCUUCAUCUUGACAGACUUGUGAUGUUCUCUCCUUCUGUUUAUAGAGAAGAAGAAAUUUUUGUUCCUUUGGCCUUAAUCAACGAUUUUACGCUGGACAUUGAGAGGUUGGUUGCUAAACGGAUUGUAUCGUUGAACGCUGGUUUUAUGUCUUUGAAAUUUGAGUAUCAUUUGAGGCUCUACAAAAUCUUGGACAACGUAAUGACGUUGGUUAAAUGCUUUAAGCAAAUAAGAGCCUGCUUUGAGAGCCCGAUUGGUUUUAAAAGACUGAAACCCGUUCCAGAAGAGCCUAAGCGUGUUUUUCCCAUUGAUUUGAGCUUAGACCUGUUGUCACUAAAUGUCGAAGAGGAUCCCUUCGAACAGGAACUUGGGCUUGUGUUUAAAGUCGGGGUCUCUGAACAACAAGAGCGACUGGAAAAGCUCCGAUUGUUUUAUGAAGAAAUAGAUAGCUUCGAGCCUAACAAGGUCUUAUCGCAGGAAGAGAUGAAAUUGAAAUAUGAUUCUAGGAUGCAGAAACUAUUCGAGAACUUUUCAACUUCGUGGAUUAACCGAAUUAGAAAAGCAAGGCUCACCUUUUUUGGAAAUCCAUCCCAAACUAUCAAACUCCGUAACGCGGGGACUUUCCGCUUUCGAUCCUUGGACGGGAUGAAUAGCACAGUUCUUAAGGUGGAGUUGGAAAGACUGAAAAUGAAGUUGCGUGAGCCCUCAUUCUCAUUGGAUAAGUGUUCCGAAUUUCUUUACAAAUAUGGGAAGCAGAUACCGAAAGAUACUGCAUUUACAACACUGCUGCCUCUUGGAAUCAGUCUCGAAACUGAAAGAUGGGAGAUACGUCUUAGAGACUAUCCACUUCCUAUCCUAUUUUUCCCAAGUGUUGAGAUAUCUGGCGACAUUACCUUUGCUGAGAGGAUGCCUCAGCCAUUCUCCGAACGAUUCGUUCAUGUUCCUUUUGUACCGAUGGCAUCAUUGGCAAAAUACAGUAAUAUUGAUUCGGUAUAUGGCGCGAGCGUAAUUCGCACUCUCAACCCUGUUAAGACAUAUAUGAAUCUUAGGUGUCAAAUUGAUUCAACCCGGCCAACUACUAUUACUUGGGGGAAGGCUCUGCAGCCGGGCUAUCAGUCGGUUAUGAUAUGGUUUGAUUAUCUCACGAAACCACCGAUAGAUCCUUCGGAGAAAUUGGGAUUUUGGGACAAGUUCAGGCUUUUGAUACACGGAAAGUUUGUCUUUGAGUGGGCAGGUGAUAGCCAUAUACAUCUAAAUAUCAAGGGGUCCCAUGAUCCUUAUCUGAUUACGGAUGACGGAGCUGGCUUGUCUUUCUGUUGGGGUGGUAGCGCCCGGCUUGCAAUACACGAGUCGUCGGACCCUACCGAGUUUUUGAAAAUCACCUCUAAGCAUUUUCUCCUCGCUAUAAGAGACUUCACGUCCCCCCAAAAAAUCGAGAAAGCUUUAAUGGAACUUAAUGGAACCAUUACGUGGACCAUGGGUCUGGCAUUUGAAUCAGGGAACCCAAAGAACCCCGGUAUGGAGGAGCGUUCCAGCAACUUCAAACCUCAUUACCACAUAAACCUUUUCAAUCCUGCUUUUCUUGAGGGUGAUAAGACUCAUGAUUCAUAUGCAGGAUUUAGGAGCGACUUCAUACACCUGUUCUUUCGCGUUCAUGCUAGCAGUAAUCCGGAGGGAUCAAAUAAGGUGUUCCUAGCGCCACACUGUAUGGCUCAUUUCCUGAAGUGGUGGAGCUUAUUCAGCACGUAUACCUCAGGCCCUAUCAGACAAGGUUCUUUGUUUCCUGAUCUCGUUCAAAAUCCUAAAAAGUUCUCGAAGGCGUUGUUCACAGUGAAAUAUGAACUUCAUUUGACCCCCCUGGUCAUUUCUCACACGUACAGACAUGCAGACUCGCGUCUGAAUAUUGAAAGCGAUAACGAGACAGCAUUCACGAGCUUGAAGGGAAAGUUUGAAACUUUGAAACUUGAACUUCAUCAGAAAAGAGUGAAAAUGAUGCACUCUGACAAGAAACUCAACGUUUCCCGGACAGUUUGGAAGUUCAAAAUGAAUGCCGGGGAGAUCGAUUGCGUCAGUGCAGACAUUCGGUUUGUGUACACAAUGCUCGGACAUCCCUCAGGACCCAGAAAAGGCGGUGCGACCGCCAACAUUGAAAACGAUGUUUUAAAGUCAAGCUGGUUCGAUUUCGAAGACUACAAUGACCUGAACCAAAUUACAUUUGCAGAUCCAAUACCCUUGAAUUUUUGUGAAGCACCUUUGCUAUAUUCUCCUCGUAUCUCCUAUCUGCGUGAGCUUAAUGAAGGUGUCCCCCUUGACUAUCCUUUUGGGGACGAAAGUGUGCAUGAGUGUACUCUGGGACACAACCAUCCAGAGGUGACACAGCGUGAACUGGCGAAAAAGAGGGCCAGAGAAAUUGAAACACAGCUCGACCAAAUCGAACAAUCUAUUGAGGCCCUCAGCUCUGUGGCCAUGAAAGGCAGCAAUGGUUCUGUUCAAAAACUUGAGCUUUUGGGGAGACAACUUCACGAAUUCAGGCAUAGACUGCAUAUUAUUCACAAAGUCCUUGAAGACCUCAAGCUUUCCAAAAUGCCUUCAUCAUCAUUGCUAUCGGAUGACAUUGAGAGCGAGUUGUCAGAGAGGCACUCGGAUAAAACGCAGGAUGAGCUCGAAAAUGCUCUCGCUGCCACCGCAACAAUUGCAUCUUUCCGCUCAAUGAGAAAGGUAACAAGCGCUUUUGUCAAAUCGUCUUUUGAUAAUAGGUUCAUCAUUCACAACAUGCUUUUGAAGGUUAACAAUAAGACUAGAGACUUGUUGCUAAAUUACGCUUUCAAUGUUUUCAGUAGAAAGAAAUCUAGCUUUUUUCAAACCUAUAAGGCCGUUGCUUUGUUGGAUGAACUCUUAAAGAAUAGGCUUUGGAACACAUCAUCGAGAGCCAAAGACAGUGCUGGGUUUUUUACUUUGGAAGAUAACUUGUCCAACGCAGACUUGUUAGAAAGGUGUGAUGAAAUUAUAAGAGAGGUUUUUGAAGACGGAUUUAAGACUUUUGAUAAUUAUCAGAUUAAGUUCGUUUCGCCCCAGAUACAGGUCACCUCGGAGGCUGUCCCUCGAAAGUGUAUUUUGGUAACUGCGAGGGACAUAGAAACAUCAAUUGUCGACGUUAAUCAGCUGUUAGAGACUAACCAGAAUGUCCCGUUAGACGUCAACAGUUUGGUAGAAACCCGCUAUUGUGCGAAGCUUAAUGAAGCACACUUCCUCAUCUUUGAUAAGUGUGAAAUAGCAAUUGAUGAUGGACUCGGAUUUCAAACUAAUGGCUAUGGUAUGGACACGAACUCUUCAUUCUGGCCCCCUUGGUUACCGAUGGAAAUGUGUUAUAACUGUGAAUCACUCACAGACUCUGUGUUCUUAUCCAGGAGCGAAAUGAUUCUCUUGUUCACGCAACCAAAUUCCUUGUUCUUUCAAGACAAAACCAAGAAUUUCGGAAGGAGCGAAGCUAAAUUCAGGAUUGGUUUCCCGGAACUUUUUUUAACUUCAACUUCAGACCAGUAUUCCUCUAUUUAUGCAAUUGCAGUUGAAUUAUUGCAUUUUGCCUCCAGUUUUGACAACAAAGCAGACAAGCUUUCAAGGGUGCUUCUGGCAGAAGAGGUUAGGAAUAAUCUUGACCGACUGGAUACCUCGAUCAUAGUUAAUUUGCAAAAGACCGUUAAAAACUUGUAUCGGACACGCGGUUACUUGAAAGUUCAUGACCCGAAAGGAUAUGAGAAAGUUGCCCAAAGCAUAGCAGCCGAGAUCGAGGCCACUGUACUGGAACUGAACCUUUUAAUGAGCGCUAUCAAGAAAAACCAUGACCGACUCAAGGUUUCUAAUGUUAAGGGGAGUUCUCAAGACAGACUGAACUGGCAAAUUGGUGCCGACGAAGUAACUUGGCAACUCUAUGAUGAAUUCAAGAAUUCUUUUGUGUCUUUCGAGCUUGGGCCUGCUUGCUUUAUCAGGUCUCAAGCUCCUGAUGGUGCCAACAAUAACAAAGUUAGUAUUUCUUCACUUGAGUGCUUCAAUUUACAGAAAAACGCUGUUUAUAAACAGUUGCUUGGACCACAUGAUAACGACACUGACACAGAGAAGCCUAUGAUCCAAAUCCUCUGGGCGAUGGGCCCAGCGAUUGGGGGAAUAGCAGACUUGGAGCAACUUGUUGUACUCUUGGAGCCCUUCAAAUUCAAAAUGGAUCAUCUAACAUCAGACAUUCUUUUGAAGUAUCUUUUCCCCGGAACAAAUGAAGCUUCAACUGCUGCUCAAUCUGAUAUUGCUUUUGAUGUGGCGUCCAUAGGCCUGUCGAAGAAGAAUACCGAAUCCUCAGAAACGUGGAAACUUAAAUCAGUCCCCUCCUUGCUGCCGCCUAAUCCUUUAAAAAAGUCAGAUACGGAAGCGCGAAACUCAGUCUCGCUGAGCCGUCGUGGCACGGGACGAGACAUGAAUGAGAUGGUGACAAGGUCUUCCCGUUACUUCAAUGUGAGAUCUGUUGUUAUUCGCAAAGUGACUAUGUCCAUCAGUUACAAGGGCUCUCGCAGCCUGAUCACAAAUGUCGAUGGCCUAACAGUCAAGGUCCCUACGCUACGAUAUACCAACAAACUAUGGUCCCGAGAUGAAUUCAUAGCAACCUUGAAGAAGGAUAUUAUAAAGGUUGUUUUGCAGCAUACCGGCUACAUCAUUGGGAACAAGUUCACCCUGCACAAAAAGGAAAAUGAAGCCAAGUUCUCCAAGGCAUUGAUUAAAACUUCGGUGGGCGAAGCCGAUAGCUUACGUUCCGCCUCCUCUUCACAACACAAGACACCACAACUUCGUCACAUUUCCUCUUCUCUUAAGCCCGAAAGCUCCUCGGACGGCAGGUCAGGCCAUCUAUCUCAAGAUCAACGCUCUGGCGCAGACGAUGUCACGGCUUUUUAUCCAGCUUCUCAUCAGUAA